AUGAGGAUGCUGUCAAGAAUCGGCCUGCGGUCGAUACCGGCCUCACGGCUCGUGAGACCGCGCUCAGCAUACACAACCCCGAUUCACAACUUGCGACUCUGCAAGCCAACAGCACCCCAACAAGCCCAGCAGCAGGUCAGGGCGUUUCACUAUGACCCACACGCCGUUGUUUUCAAGCUGCCGCUCAAGACACGGCUCAAGUACAUGGCCUAUGGCGCCUUGUCGCUCCUGGCUCUCGGUGGUGGCAUCAUCAGCUGGCGUCUACGAGGGCUAUACGGCCAGCGCGAUGCGUUGCAGGACGAUCUCAAGUCGGCGCUCCACGAGCUCAAGGCGUUUUCAGACGACUUUGUGACGGGUUUCGAACAGGCGCGCGCCGAGGGCGACCACCGCCGACUGGGCCGUCUGACCUUUGACCUGCUUCGCCACAUGAAUUUGAACCGCGCCACUGGCCGGCUGCUCGAAGGCUUUGUCGAUUUUGGCGAGCUGCCGGGCCUGCCGUACGACAACCCGCGCAGUGGCCACGAGCUGGUGCCCCGGGAGGACACGACGGUCCUGCUCGAGCAGGAUGAUGAUGGCCGCAUCGGCGCCUGCUUCGUCGGCGUCAACCUCGAGCUGAGCGACGUCUACCGCGGCCUGGCGGACCCCAAGCCCGAGCCCGAGUCGGACAAGCUCCUGGAGCUGUUCUCACGGGUCGGCGAUCAGAUCCGUACCUGGCGGAGGCAGGACCGCCUGUUUGAGGACGAGGAGGGCGAGCUGGAUCUUGUCAUCAUUUUCCACUUCCGGGACUGGUCGUGGGCGUUCGAGUACGGCGACGGCCACUGGAACUCUCUCAGCGGGCCCGGCAACAUCUUGGCCACCUCAAGCACGGUUUCGAAAGCAGAGGAGGUACUGGAAGCCAUGGCAGGCGAGAACAGGGGCAUCUUUGGCAGGGGCUCGCGGCCUUGA